AUGAUGGGCGAGCUCCAGCAGCAGCAGUCUUCUGACAUGAUUGAUCGCGGACGACGAGCUCACUCCUUUCCAAUCUACGAACCACCAAACAAGCCCGCCGACAAGAUGGGUCGCUCUUAUCGUACGCCGUCGCCGAGGCGAGAGCCAUACUUUGCGGAAGGCGAAGAAAUCACUCCAAAGCUCAAGUUAAAUCUCCGACGUCCUGUCGUGAUGGACACACCGCCAGGUUCGCCGAGUGACGGUUUCAACGCGCCGGCAACGCCGACUAAGCAGACGGUGUCGAUGACUACGUUCGGGCUUUUGACGCCUUGCACGCCUAACUUUGGCAACUUCUUCCGUCCUGCUCCAGCGAGUCCGACCACUCCAGGAUUAACAGACGAUUCUGAUGUCGGCCAACAGCAUGGCGCCUCUGGCAGCGAUGUCGGUGCUGGUGCAGAAGACGGUUACGAUUCAGAUAAGCCUCUUGCCACUCAGUUUGACAAGAUGCAACAGCAGAUUCGAGACGCUGAGUUUGCUGCAAGCCUUAGCGAAGAAGCCCGUCACGGUCGAAGCCGUCGGAGCACGCGCUUGGCACUGAAGGACGUUGUGAAAGUCGCACCUGUCAAUACCAUCAAGGUGGCUGCGAUCACCCAGUCGAUGAAGCUAGCAAACCCUGUUGUGCCAGCUCGGAAUGUCUCUUCUCCAGAAUCGAGCUUGACAGCAGAUGCAGUUGUCCAGCUUCCUCCCGAUAUCAACCCUGCGGUUCUUACCCUGGACUGGCAGCUCCAGUACCCUCCCGGCGGCAGUACGCAUCCCUCCUAUCCAUACCCGCAGAUGGAUCCCCGUCUGUUCUUCGACCCAGUUCACGUGCCCAUCGUCGAUGGCCUCCCCAACGUCUUCCGCGUUGCGCCCUUACUCUUGCCGAUAGGAUGGCGACAUGUCUCACGGUCGGGCUUUCUGCCGAUUGUUUUCGAUCCAUACCAGCAGGCAUUCAAGCUGACUCCUAUCGGACCGCUUCCACUCCCGUGCGAGGAAGUGCAUCAAGGAGGGUUGGCUAAGUACGUGCCUGGCGGCAAGGAGCAUCCUGAAGCAGGACUGCUCCCCGAUAUCGCGCCUCUUAGUGAUGGCUCCGAUGAGAUCUACAACUUCGAAGGUGUCGACUGGACUCUACCAUGGCCCAAAGGCGAGAACUUCGAUGGCUCGGCAAGUACCGGGGCUGUUCAAUUGGCGAAUGGCUUGCUGUCUCCUAUCACAGGUGACAGUCCUUCUUAUACAAACAUCAAUAAGCCGUACUCUCACUACAUCGAAGCGCAAGAUUGCCCGGACGGCAUUGUCGACAUCGCAGACGCGUGGCGCUGGCUUACCGAGAGGGAACUCGAUCCUACUGCCACUUUUGUACCCUCGCCCGAUAAGUCAUGGAAGAACACAGGCAUCUAUCGGACCACACGAGUCGGCAAGGAACCUAUCGCAAGUCUUAUGGCGCUGGCUCUAUCUGAUGUCGCCGUCUCACCCAACAACCCCAUCGCGUCAUAUCUGAAAAACCAAAACGGUCGCGUCUUCUGUCCGUUCCGUAGCAUGGCAACACCUGUCCACGUGAAAAUCACUCUGCUUGGAGAGGUCGAAAUCACUUUGGUCGAGCUUCUGAGUUACUUCCCCAACCACUAUCUAUGGCGCAAAUGUUCGGACCGCUUAGUCGGCGCCGGCCUGACUGGGAUGGAUGUCACGAACUUCAUCAACUAUACCCGCGGACUUGAGGGCGACGCUACGAGAUCGAACAAUACCAUCAAUGCUCAACUGACGUAUGAGACCGAAGUGGUCAGCGGCAAGCGUGUGAAGAUCGUGCGCGAGCCUCACAUCGCGGCUUACUCGACCGAAGGAUGGGCGUAUACGGCCUGGGAGCUGACAGACUACCCGCUGCUUGGUCUUGCACAUGGUCUGAAGCACAUGCCCGAAGGUCCGGACGCCGGUCCGUUGACGGCGGCCAUGAAGUGGGCACGCGAGAAUGGUCGUUACAAAGCUUUGCUGAGUGAGGUGCCUGAGUUGUUGCAGCAGGCCGGACUGCAGCUUCUCAUCGAACCUGGCGAGAGUGGCGAUCCUGACAAGGAAGUCAAGCCUAUGCACGUGGAGAAGUUGAAGAAAGACAGAAUCCGUGUGUUGGAGGAUGCACGUAUGAGAAAGAGGGCAGCGGAGAAGGCAGAAGAUGGAAAGCGCAAGAGAGUGAAGACGGAGUGA